AUGGAAGGCUGCGGUAUGAAAUGCAUUAAAUAUCUCCUCGUUGUUUUCAAUGGUUUAUUUGUGAUCUUCGGCAUCACAAUAAUAGCAGCAGCAUGUGUGGACAUGGGCAUGAUAAAGGGUUUCGCUGGGAUGGAUGGCGCGUCAGGCCAUGAGACGGAUGUGGUGCUCAUAGUGGUUGGAGUCCUCAUCAUCAUUGUAGCAGCCUUUGGAUGUUUCGGAGCCUGGAAGGAGAGCCCUAAGCUGCUGUAUAUCUUCGCGGGAUGCCUCAUAAUAAUCAUUCUUCUGGAACUUUCCGUGGGCAUCGCGGCUGCGGCUCUUCGUCCUCAAAUCGAGGGUACAAUGAAAACUCAGCUCAGAGCCUCCUUCAUUAAGAACAAAUCCACUCGUGAGGAAGACUCCACCUACAGAGAGUUCUGGGACCGCAUUCAGAGCAGCUUGGAAUGUUGUGGAGUGACCGGUCCUGAUAACUACGUAGCUUCCGAGCCUCGUCUCAACCCCUCCUUUAGCUGCUGCCCUCCCGAUGGUACAGAUCGUGCUGAUGAGAUCAAGCGCUCCGACUGCAUCUCCCUCUCCAAGUACUAUCAGAGCGGCUGCGAGGAUAAAGUUCUUAGCACCGUCCAUAGUGCUGGUAUGACGGUCAUUGUGUGUGGAAUUCUCUUCUGCUUUUUGGAGGUGACCGGUAUAGUCUUGGCUCUAUGGCUCGCUCACUCCAUCAAAACACAGGACAAGGGUCGCGAAACAGCGUAG